UCUUAACGUUAAGAUUUUGGCCACGCAUCAGGCUUAAUUAUGGAAAUUCAGUUGUUGUCUUCAUUGUAGUGGAACCGCUGUCGUUCUGUAUUAACCAGCCCUUCAGAAGUUUCCCUACCCGUUACAAAAAGACAGCUGUAAAGAUGCAGUCUUAGCCAAAAUGCCAGAGGCAACUAGUGAGUUUCUGUGAAUCUUUCUUGCAAUGUGAGCAUAGAGAUGGAGAAGUUAUAAACUGUGACCACACACCAUGGCAAAGUCAUUCAGGACAGGCGCAGUAAGCUGGCUAGAUUUCAGGUUUUCAGACAAGAAAGAAAGGCUGAUGCAUCUUAAAACCAAACAGAGAGAAUUCCAAAAACAUGUUUUGAAGGCCAUGGACGGGAACGUGAUAACAGAUAAGCUGGAGAGCUGUUCAAAGCACUCCAAAAGAUGGAAAAUAAUGUCUUGCAAGAUGAGGAUUGAGCAGCUGAAACAGACCAUUUGCAAAGAAAAUGAUGAAAUGACAAGACACACAGAGGGGCUUCUGAGAAUUAAAGAGGAGAACCAGAAGCAUUAUCGCAGGGCUCAGCGGCAUCAGGAGAAGAAAGAGAAGAUCCAGAGGCAUAACCACAGGCUGGGAGACUUGGUAGAGAAAAAAACCUAUGACUUGAAAACCCAGCAUGAACAUCUGGCAAAUCUUCGCCGGACACGCAUCCUGGAGCUAACAUCAGUGAUAUUUCCCAUAGAAGAAGUAAAGACAAGCAUGAGAGAUCCUGCAGAUGUGUCUUCUGAGAGCGACAAUGCUAUGACCUCUAGCACUGUGAGCAAGCUUGCGGAAGCCAGGAGAACCACUUAUCUCUCUGGAAGAUGGGUGUGUGAUGACCAUAACGGGGACACCAGCAUCGGUAUCACAGGGCCUUGGAUAACCCUUCCUAAUAAUGGAGACUAUUCAGCAUAUUACAAUUGGGUGGAAGAGAAGAAAACUACACAAGGACCAGAUAUGGAACAUAAUAACCCUGCUUAUACCAUCAGUGCUGCAUUGUGCUAUGCAACUCAGCUCGUUAACACUUUGUCUCUCAUACUUGAUGUAAAUCUUCCGAAGAAGCUCUGCAACAGCGAGUUCUGUGGAGAAAAUCUCAGCAGACACAGGUUCACGCGGGCAGUGAAGAAGCUGAAUGCUAAUAUCCUUCACCUUUGUUUCUCUCAGCAUGUAAAUUUAGAUCUGUUGCACCCGCUGCAUACGCUCAGGAACCUUAUGUACCUGGUCAGCCCAGACACCGAGAACUUGGGCAGGUCUGGGCCUUUUGAAAUUAGUGCUGAUCUUGAAGACUCCAUGGAGUUUGUGGAUCCCAGUGCCACUGGUGAAACAGAUGAGAGUGGAGAUGAGCACGUCAGUGAUGAAGAGACAGAUCUAGGGACAGACUGGGAGAAUCUGCCAAGCCCUAGGUUCUGCGAUAUCCCCUCGCAGCAGGUGGAGAUGCUGCAGAGUCAGAGUACACAGGUAUCUCAGCCCAUCGCCAGCAGCAGCGCUGGUGGAAUGAUCUCUUCUGCUGCUGCCUCGGUGACUUCGUGGUUUAAGGCGUACACUGGACAUCGUUAAUGAGCAUGGGAAAAGGAUCACAGGAUCUGUGGAAGGAAUCCCUCCCCGACAAUGCUGUAGUAAACCUUACGUAUUCAGUUAAGUAGUGCCUGGAACAAAGAAAAGGUCAGACUUCAAUUUUGUAAACCAGAAAAACCUUUUUAUUUACCCAAGAUGACUGUGACGGCACCAUUUUGUAAAUUAGUUAGCUACACACUUCUGACUGAUUCUAUGACGGCACUUCGUUGAAGGAAUAACCCCGCGCAGCAGUACAUGCUGGGGGUUGACCCGCUGGAAAGCAGCUCUGCAGAGAAGGACCUGGGAGUCCUCUGGUGGACAACAAGAUGACCACGAGCCAGCAAGGUGCCCUUGUGGCCCAGAAGGCCAAUGGGAUCCUGGGGUGCAUCAGGCAGAGCGUUGCCAGCAGGUGGAGGGAGGGGAUC